AUGUCUCAGUCACCAAAGGAACAGUGGGAAAGGCUCCAGGUUAUCCUGCAGAGGGCCGGCGGCCGUGGUGGAGGAUUCGGUUUUGGCCGCAUGCCUUCCGGUGGGAACCCAAGGUCGGGUGGCUUUUUCACUGCCGUCAUCGCCAUCGGUCUUCUUGGAUACGCUGCGUCGAACGCGCUUUUCAACGUGGACGGUGGCCAUCGUGCGAUCAAAUACUCCAGAAUCGGUGGUGUGAAGAAGGAAAUCUACAACGAAGGAACCCAUAUCAACAUCCCUUGGAUCGAAACGCCGAUUGUCUAUGACGUGCGAGCGAAGCCGCGGAACAUCGCUUCCCUGACUGGCACCAAGGACCUGCAGAUGGUGAACAUCACCUGUCGUGUUCUGUCGCGACCCCGCGUGGAUGCUCUUCCGCAAAUUUACCGUACUCUCGGAAAAGACUUCGACGAGCGAGUGCUUCCGUCGAUUGUUAAUGAGGUCCUGAAGAGCGUGGUGGCACAGUUCAACGCCAGCCAGCUGAUCACCCAGCGAGAGAAUGUCGCACGUCUGGUGCGAGAAAACCUGGCUCGUCGAGCGGCCCGGUUCAACAUUGCUUUGGAUGAUGUAUCGCUUACGCAUCUGACCUUCUCGCCCGAAUUCACCGCCGCUGUCGAGGCCAAGCAAGUCGCCCAGCAAGAUGCCCAGCGAGCGGCUUUCCUGGUCGACAAGGCCCGUCAAGAGAAGCAGGCUUUCAUUGUCCGGGCCCAGGGUGAGGCCCGUUCCGCCGAGCUUAUUGGCGAUGCGAUCAAGAAGAGCAAGAGUUACGUUGAGCUUCGAAAGAUCGAGAACGCACGUCAAAUUGCCCAGAUUCUGCAGGAGAAUAGUGGCAAGAACAAGCUGUACCUGGAUGCCCAGGGCUUGGGCUUGAACGUCAACAACGCGGUCUCCAGCGACACGAAAUAA